GUCGCAUGUGAUACGGCUCGACUCGGGGACCUUCUACUUGCGAUCGCAUGUCCGUCGCGCGAAAGCUUCCAUCGCGGACGACAUUUUCCUCUCGGAAGUCAGAUCUGCUCGCUCUUCUCCUCUCCUCUCCUCUCGGCGCUCUUUCCCGUCGGCGAAUUCUUGCCCGCGGUCAUCCGAUUCUUCUGUUCUUUCCGCUCGAUUUAUCUUCUGAUUCGUGGAUCACGACGGAUUUCUUGCCCUGACGGUCUGAGAUCGAGUCGUGAAGGGGUAGUCGAGGCGGAUCUCCACAGGACUCUUCGUCAUGGCGGCCGCCUCCGCCGCUUCGGGGUUUAUCAUCCGCUCCUUGGAGGCCAUGCUCAAGGAGUGCAUGGGAAAGAAGUACCCCGCCCUGCAGAGCGCUGUGCAGACUUGUCUAGAGAACAUGAAAGAGACCAAGCCAGAGUUGACUUCUGAUGAUCAUAACCAUGCAACAACUUUGGCAGGGACUGAGAGCAUUGGAGCUGAAGGUGCUGUAGCAGUGAAAGAAGGGGAAGCUCCAGUUGCUGGUACUGAAAAGGAUGUAACCAUGAAUAUGUCCCAAGAGACGAGUGAACCUAUUAUAGCAGCUUUAGCAAGUGCUGGCCACACCUUAGACAGGACCCAAGCUGAGCUUGUCUUAAAGCCACUGAGGCUUGCAUUUGAGAUGAAGAAUAUAAAACUUUUGGAGCCUGCACUUGACUGUCUUCAUAAACUUAUAGCUUAUGAUCAUUUAGAGGGUGAUCCUGGACUCGAGGGUGGUAAAAAUGCUUCACAAUUUACCGAUGUUCUCAAUAUGGUCUGUGGUUGUGUUGAUAACUCUUCGUCUGACAGUACCAUAUUACAAGUUUUAAAGGUGCUUCUCACUGCGGUAUCAUCCACAAGGUUCAGAGUGCAUGGAGAACCUUUGCUGGGAGUGAUUAGAGUAUGCUAUAACAUUGCUCUUAACAGCAAGAGUCCAAUAAAUCAGGGAACUUCAAAAGCAAUGUUGACCCAAAUGAUCAAUAUUGUCUUUAGGCGAAUGGAAAUUGAUCAGGUUUCUGUGUCAUCCAGUAGUUACGAGCAUGCUGAUAUUCCUUCAGCUAGCUACACAACCUCUGAUAAUGUAGAAAUGUCUAGAGACGAAGAUGAGAAGAAAACUUCAACAGCAGAUGCAUUAUCCAUGAGUCACACAAAUGAAACAUCUCCAUCUUUUGAGGAACUUCAGAAUUUGGCUGGUGGUGCAGACAUCAAGGGUCUAGAGGCCGUUCUCGAUCAAGCCGUUCAACUUGGAGAUGGAAAGAAAAUCUCACGAGGGAUUGAUCUUGACAGCAUGAGUGUGGUGCAACGUGAUGCUCUGUUGCUGUUUCGCACACUUUGCAAGAUGGGGAUGAAAGAAGAGAGCGACGAGGUUACUACAAAGACAAGGCUUUUGUCUCUUGAGCUUUUGCAGGGUUUACUGGAAGGAGUGAGCCAAUCCUUCACCAAAAAUUUCCAUUUUAUUGACUCUGUUAAGGCAUAUCUUUCUUACGCGCUACUACGGGCUUCUGUUUCUUCUUCACCAGCCGUAUUUCAGCAUGCAACUGGAAUAUUUGCAGUUCUUUUGCUCCGUUUUAGGGAAAGUCUUAAGGGAGAAAUUGGUGUUUUUUUUCCUUUGAUAAUAUUAAAACCCUUGGAAAGCAAUGAGAGUGCUCUCGGCCAAAGAACAACUGUUCUCCGGAUGCUCGAGAAAGUAUGCAAGGAUUCACAAAUGCUUGCAGAUAUAUUUGUUAACUAUGAUUGUGAUCUUCAGGCACCAAACCUUUUUGAACUCAUGGUGAAUGCUCUGUCACGAAUAGCACAAGGGACUCUAACUACAGAUCCCAGCUCAGUUGGUUUGAUGCAGGUUGCAUCUGCUAAAGGCUCAUCCCUUCAGUGCUUGGUUAGUCUGCUGAAAUCAUUGGUUGAUUGGGAGAAGCUAAGAAGAGAAUUCGUUAAGCAUUAUAACAUCGUUCGAUCCCCUGAAGACGAUGUUUUGGCUAGAGAAUCUGUUACAGUUAAUGAGCUGAAGAACCAGGAUGAUGGACUGAACCAAUUUGAGAAGGCUAAAGCUCAUAAAUCCACGAUGGAAGCAGUUAUCUUAGAGUUCAAUCGUAAACCGGCAAAAGGGAUAGAAUUACUGUUGUCUAACAAGUUGGUUGAGGAUAAGGCUUCUGCAAUAGCCCAGUUCCUGAAAUGCACUCCAAGUUUGGAUAAGGUUAUGAUUGGUGAAUAUUUGGGUCAGCACGAGGAACUUCCCCUUGCUGUCAUGCAUGCUUAUGUUGAUUCCAUGAAGUUCUCAGGGUUAAAGUUUGAUAUUGCAAUUCGUGAGUUUCUGAAAGGAUUUCGACUUCCUGGAGAAGCACAGAAAAUUGAUCGGAUCAUGGAAAAGUUUGCUGAACGUUACUGUGCUGAUAAUCCAGGACUUUUCAAGAAUGCAGAUACUGCCUAUGUUCUUGCCUAUGCAGUUAUAAUGUUAAAUACAGAUGCACACAAUCCAAUGGUUUGGCCAAAAAUGUCCAAAUCCGAUUUUAUACGCAUGAAUUCUGCAAGUGAUAUAGAAGAGUGUGCUCCAAAGGAGAUUUUAGAGGAGAUAUAUGAUUCAAUUGUUAAAGAAGAGAUAAAGAUGAAGAAUGAUGCACCCAGUGCAUCUAAAAGCAGCAGACUGAGGCCAGAAACAGAAGAGAGAGGUCAUCUUGUUAAUAUUCUUAAUUUAGCUCUUCCUAAAAAACAGUCAGAGAUUGAUACCAAGGCAGAGAGUGAAAAUAUUAAACAGCAAAUACAGGCUCUUUUUAAAAAUAAAGGUGAAAAAAGGGGUGUUUUCUACACAGCUCAACGGGUUGAACUGGUUAGACCAAUUCUUGAAGCUGUAGGCUGGCCUUUGCUAGCAGCAUUUUCUGUCACGAUGGAAGAAACAGACAACAAGCCAAGGGUUAUUCUUUGCAUGGAGGGUUUCAGAGCUGGCAUACAUCUAACAUGUGUUCUUGGGAUAGAUACACUGCGUUAUGCUUUCCUAACAUCCUUAGUACGAUUUACCUUUUUGCAUGCUCCAAAGGAGAUGCGUGGUAAAAAUGUGGAGGCAUUACGCACCCUGCUUGUUUUAUGUGAUACGGAUACAGAAUCACUACAAGACACCUGGAAUGCUGUGUUGGAAUGUGUUUCAAGGCUAGAAUAUAUCACUUCAACUCCGUCUAUUGCUGCAACGGUAAUGCAGGGCUCAAAUCAAAUAUCUAAGGAUGCAAUUCUGCAGUCUCUUAGAGAGCUAGCUGGAAAACCAGCAGAGCAAGCUUUUGUAAAUAGUGUAAAAUUGCCUAGUGAUUCAGUUGUGGAGUUCUUCACUGCUCUUUGUGGUGUAUCUGCUGAAGAACUGAAACAAACACCUGCUCGUGUCUUCAGCUUACAGAAACUUGUUGAGAUAAGCUACUAUAAUAUGGCUCGUAUUCGGCUGGUAUGGGCUAGAAUAUGGUCUGUCUUGGCUCAGCAUUUCAUUGCUGCCGGUAGUCACCAUGAGGAAAAAGUUGCUAUGUACGCCAUUGAUUCACUUAGACAACUUGGUAUGAAGUAUUUGGAGCGUGCUGAGCUCACCAACUUCACCUUCCAGAAUGACAUUUUGAAACCUUUUGUCAUUCUUAUGCGGAAUAGCCCCAAUGAAAAAAUACGCAGCCUGAUUGUGGAUUGCAUUGUUCAGAUGAUUAAGUCAAAGGUUGGCAGCAUUAAAUCUGGUUGGCGGAGUGUGUUCAUGAUCUUUACUGCAGCCGCUGAUGAUGACUUUGAAUCAAUUGUUGAAAGUGCAUUUGAAAAUGUUGAGCAAGUUAUCUUGGAACAUUUUGAUCAGGUUGUUGGGGACUGCUUUAUGGAUUGUGUCAACAGCCUCAUUCGUUUUGCUAAUAACAAAGUCUCACCACGCAUUAGCUUGAAGGCUAUUGCCCUCCUCCGUAUAUGUGAAGAUCGUCUUGCAGAGGGAUUUAUACCUGGUGGAGCCCUGAAACCCCUGGAUGGUGGGCUAGAGACAAACUUCGAUAUAACAGAGCAUUACUGGUUUCCUAUGUUGGCUGGUUUAUCUGACUUAACACUGGACCCUAGAUUGGAAGUUCGAAACUGUGCACUGGAAGUGCUAUUUGAUUUGCUGAAUGAGAGAGGCCAGAAAUUCUCUUCUGCUUUCUGGGAGAGCAUCUUUCACAGAGUCCUUUUUCCUAUAUUCGACCAUGUACGACAUGCUGGAAGAUAUGGUCCUGUCUCUUCAGGUGAUGAGUGGCUCCGGGAGACUAGCGUCCAUUCACUUCAGUUGCUCUGCAAUCUUUUCAAUACUUUCUAUAAGGAAGUGUGCUUCAUGCUUCCACCACUCCUGGAUUUUCUCCUUGAUUGUGCCAAGAAAACAGACCAGAGUGUCGUUUGCAUAUCUCUUGGAGCCCUAGUGCAUCUUGUGGAGGUUGGGGGCCAUCAGUUUGGUGAUAGUGACUGGGAUACUUUAUUAAAAAGCAUCAGAGAUGCAUCAUAUGCAACUCAACCUCUCGAACUGCUCAAUUCUCUGGGAUUUGAGGAAAAAAACCAAGCAGUUUUAUCCAAAGAUUUAGAUGACAAAGAUGGUGAUAGUCCAUUUAGUAUCAAUCACAAUAGGAAGGAAGGAGGAAGAACUAUGGUUAACGAAUCCUUAUCUGCUGGUAGAGAAGCUUUUGGAAAAAUAAUCAGCACAACUGACUUUAAGGAUGAUUAUGGUGAAAGCAAUCUCCAAACAAACUUGGAUGAGUCUGAUGGUCUUCCAUCACCAUCAGGUAACAAGCAGAAGCCUGCCGUAGCUGUAAGCGUCCAGCGUAGCCAAACAUUUGGUCAAAGGAUUAUGGGUAAUAUGAUGGACAACCUUCUUCUUAGAAGUUUCACAUCCAAAUCAAAGAACGAUACAGACGAUCUUGGUCCGGUUUCACCUGUAAAGAUCCUUGAUGCUGCAGAACCUGUUCCUGAUGAUUAUGAUGAAGAGAACUCGAUGAUGGAGACUAUUAAAGGAAAAUGUAUUACUCAACUACUGUUGUUAAGCGUUAUUGAUAGCAUACAGAGAAAAUACUGGAGCAAGUUAAAGGUCCCCCAUAAAAUUGCAAUAAUGGACAUCUUGUUGUCUCUCAUAGAAUUUGCUGCUUCAUAUAAUUCUUCAUCAAACCUUAUAUUGCGAAUGCAAUAUAUACCCUCUGAAAGGCUACCUCUAAAUCUUCUUCGCCAAGAAAUAACCGGAACUUCCAUUUAUUUAGAAAUCUUACACAAGUCAACUGCAAUAUGGAAAAGCAGCAGUCAUGAACAAGUGAAUUCUGAUGGUCCAGUGGUCCCGACAUCAAUCAAUGAUUCAGGCUAUCUUGCAACUUUAGAUUCAGAAGAGAAACUCAAAGGCAUAGCAGAAGAGAAGCUGGUUUCUUUCUGUGGUCAGAUCUUAAAGGAGACUUCUGAGCUCAAAUCAAGUACAGUGGUUGGAGUGGGUUAUGCACAUCUACAUCGUGUACUUGACCUGAGAGCUCCAGUUAUUGUUAAGGUACUCAAACGAAUGUGCUGUAUGGAUAGUCUAAUAUUCAGAAAGCAUCUUAGAGAGUUCUAUCCACUAAUCACCAAACUUGUUUGCUGUGAUCAGAUGGACAUUCGUGGAGCUCUUGGUGAUCUCUUUAGCACACAGCUCGCCCCUCUUCUGCGAUAAUAGUUAUCAUUACUGUUGAUGUUUUUGUUCGCCCUGUUGUGUGACCGACAUUCUUCAGCAUCUGCCGCUUGAAGCAGAAACUCUUCCAAAAUGUUUAUGCCAUGAAUAGGAGCACCUAUAUGUACUGUUGUAAACCUUUUCCAUGGUUGCUAUGAACAAGAGUGAACAGAGAUACCGGACGGAUCUUAUGAGGUAACGCCUGCUAGUGACACUAAAUAUACUUGUGAAGGUACAUAUAUCGUAGAUCUUUUUAUUUAUAUGAGUGACACUGUUAGGAAUGGCUCAGCAUGUUUUGCUUAGGUCAGGAAACUCUAGAAAUGAUGUUAUGACAAUUAUUACAUCUGUUACUUUCUUACAAAAUCUCUCUUCACUAUUGGCUUUUUGGAGGAGAUGUAUAGCCUUGCCUGUUCAUCUGUGUAAUAGCUUUGUGCAUAUUGAAUAAUUUGGUGGCAUUCAUUAAUUAUAUCCCUCUGAUAGUAUCCUGCA